AAAUAGUGCGUCAAGUCUAGAAACUGGCUUCAUUUUGGGCACGAAAAUCAUUAACUUCCGAUGUCCAAAACGGCAUGGAUGUCGAUAUUGAUAUAUUCGUUGGAAACAACACUUUACUUGAUCCUGAAAUAUACGAAUUUUGGCUCUCUGGUCAUCAACCGAAAGAUGUGUCUACUAUCUUAAUUAGUGGAUCCCUGAAGGAUUUUGAUGUAGAUAAAGAUAUGCUAUUAAGUGAUGUUUUAGAUCACUAUCGAACGUUCCAAAUGCUAGAAAGAUUACUUCACUAUCCAAAGCGACUGUCUGAGCAGUGGAUAUUCCAAAUAGCUCCAAGUAUGCAACGGAUGCUUAUUGAAAGAUACUAUGAAUUUGAUGAUAUUGUUAUACGAGAAUUUCUUGGGAAAAAACUUUCUGCUCGAAAUAGGAAAGAUCUAGAUGAUGUGAGCGAAAAAACUGGAAUACAAAUCAAAAGUUGUCGAAGACAAUUUGAUAAUGUUAAAAGAGUGUAUAAAGUUGUUGAAGACUGUAAUUCUGAUUUGGCUGAUACAAUACGGAGCACAUUCCUCUUUUCUGAAAAACUUGCUAGAAAAUAUGCAGCCAUAGUGUACUUAACCAGCAAUCGAUUUGAAACCAGUAAAAAAAAGCUUCAAUAUUUGACAUUUGAUGACUUUCUAUAUUGUGCCAAUUGGAUGAUGUGUAAAUGGUCUUGUACAAAGUCAGACUGUACAUAUGAAGAAACAGUGAUGGAAAUGGACCGAGAAUUCCUUCAAGACCUUAGAGACUUAAAGCAAUUGUUAGAAAAAGACUCUUAUGAUGAGUUGAAAGCUUAUGUUUUAUCAAUCUUACGACCAAAAAUAUCAGACCGUCUUUAUUCAGAUAUUGAUUCAAAUUUUAAGUCAUUUACUCGAACAUUUGUUAAUAUUGCAUAUGGACUGAACCACAGUAAAGAAGUUAGAGAUUUAUUUGUAGAUAUUGUAGAAAAGCUUAUUGAACCAAUUAGACAAGGAAAAUGGUCAAACAAAGAACUUCUGAUAUUUCUGGAUGCAUAUACAUCUGCUGCAGCUUCUGUGCAUUUAUUUAGAAGUGACUCUCACUUAUUGGAAAUCUGGGAGAGAUAUAUGUCUAACAUGUCCAGAUUUGUUAUAAAAAUGAAUCAUUCUUAAAUUUAAUCAUAAUGCUCUUCAAUUUGAUGUAAAUUAGAUACAGAUCCCCUCAUUCAUAAGGGUGGUAAAUAUGAUAGUCAGCCACUGUUAGAAGUCUUAUAUUUUUUUUCAAUUUGUUAUUGUUUUAUUUAUUAAAUGUUAUUGUUUUUUUUUAAUUAUUAUUUUAGAAUUUUGAUCCUUUUUAAGCAAUUCUUUUUUGUGUCAAAUGAAAUUGUUGAAGCCAAUUCAUAAUUCCAAAUUACUUAUUCUGUACUUAAGCAAACGUUGGUAUAGUUUUAAUGCUUUACAUCUAUAUUUUCUCCCCUUCUACUGAAUUACCAAGUCUUAAAUGUACUAGGAAUUUUCAUUCAUGCCAGAUCAAAAGACUUUGGUUUGAUAUGUACAUUUUUUCUUUCUUUCUUUUUUUUUCUUUUCUUAUAAACAACAUCAAUAUUGUAUUGUUUAAUUUCUAAAGAAGUUCAGAGUAUUUUUGUAUGUUUGAAAAUUGCAAAAUAUAUAGACUACACAUAGCUGUUGAUAUUCUUAACUGGUCAAAACUUGACUAUUUUUGUACUAAAAUCAUCAGUUAAAUAUAUUGCUCAACUUUUUAUAGUCUUCAAUCUAAAUUUAGUUUUGUUGUUGAUUUUUUUUUCCUUUUUUUUUUAUCUGACAUGAUUUUUGAAUGUUUGGUGAUUUAUUACUAAAAGAGUCUGUUUCUUAUCUGUUUCAAUGUUUUCUGUAAAUAGUUUAUGUAGAUUUUAAAGCUAAGUUUUUGUUAUUUUUAAAUAUUGGUAGAUAUUUACACAACUAGCAACACACAUAAUGUAAUAACAUUAUGGGGUGUGCUCAUUGAGCCAUCCAAACACACUUCAAGAUAUCACUUUGUGCAAACUACCUACAGGUGUUGCUUUUUCUUUUCUUGUUCAAUGUUAACAUUUUUUUUUUUUUUUGCUUGUUAGAAACGUUAUUUUUAAUUUGAUCAACGUAACUACUUUGGGUAUAUAAAGUUAUGUAUAAGUUUUUGAAUGUUAGAAAGUGAGGUAUAAACACAAAGUUAACGUAAAAGAAUAUCCCGGUUUUAAAAUUUAAUAUUUCAUAAACUAUUACACUUACCAAUACAAAUGAUACAUAAAAAUAAAGAUAAAUAUUCCAAGUUUUUUCAAGGUAUGUGAGUAGUUAAAGGUGCAUGUUUCACAAUGCUGGAUUGGCUGUGCAGGUGAUUAUGAUUUACCCUUUAUGUGUUCCCCAGCCAGAUUCCAAGACCUAACCCCAUGUGAUUUUUUUAAUGGGGUUUUGUCAAAGACUUUUUCACUACCAUUGCCUAUAACAUUGCAAGAACUGAAAGAUCCUAUAUGUGUAACAUUACAAGAAAUUGACAGUGAAACACUCCAAAAUGUAUGGAACAAACUAGAAUACAGGUUAGAUGUGUGUCGCAUUAAGAAAGACUCGUACAUCAAACAUUUGUAAGUGAAAAGAACUUGGAAUGUUUAUAUUUAUUUUGAACUAUCAUUUAUAGUGCUUAUUGUAAUAGUUGUAUGAAACAUAAAUUUUUAUGGGACAAAAUCCUAUUUUAUACAGGGAUCUGCCAGCUGCACCAAUCACCGAUCCUGUGCCAAACUGAUCAAAAAGUCCGCCAAAAGGACUUUUCUGCGCCAAAAUUGGACAAACUUGCGCCAAAAGUUCAAUUUUGAAUUUAAUAUUGCAGUUCCUUUGGUAUAUUUGGCAGUUUUUGAAACAUACCAUCAAGUUUAUGCAUUUGGAGCUUGUUUUUACGAUUUUUUGACUUGGUCCCGAUUUUUUGCGCAUUUUAAAAUCCGAUUGCAUCCCCUUUUGAAGAACUCGGUCGUUUUAAUUUUUUAUGUUAUUAUGUUCCUUUGACUUGAAAAAUUAUGUGUUGAUCAUUGUUUUCAACCUUUCUUAUCUUUUGUUUUCUGAAUAUGAGGACUUUUCAGUUCAUCUUCUUGUCACACUCACUCGAAAAUAUCAAUCCAGUUGCAUCCAUUGAUUUAAGCCAAAACCAAUUGUAAAAAUUAAUAUUGUUCACCAGUUUUUAAUCUUUAGUUUCUUUCUGUUUUAAGACAGAAAAUUGAUCUUUAAUUUUGGUUGGCAACACUUAAGAUAGCAAAAAUUGGGAAUUCUAAUGCUCUGGUAAUGAAUAUACAAACAUUUAAAGUUUCUCAAACUCAAGCACUUUCUUCAUAUUCUUAGUCUGUCUUACAAUUUUUAUUUAUUUUUUUCUUUUCUCAUGUUUUUCAUAUUUUUUUCACGUGUAUUUUGAAAUUCCUUUACUUAUCACAUCAUUUCUCAAAAUGAUUUCACAUUUUUUUCAUCGUAAUUUCAUUAUUAAUUUUGCGAUUAAAUAUCAAUCAGUUAAAAAUAAAUAGUAUUAAUGUUGCCUUUGCUUGAUCUUCAGAUUUGUUCAUCAAGUAGUUUAGUAUAUGCCAAAAUAAUAAUAAUAAUAAGAGUAAUAAGAUCAAACUAAAUAACUUACACAUACCAAAAUAAGGAAAAAGAUUAAUUAAUAUCUCUUUAAACUCACUUGUAAAUUGUUAAAGUAAAAUUUUUAAAUUUAACCAUUCUUUUUUGCUUUUUUUUAAAAACUUUUUUGAAUAUGUUUUUGAGUUACAUGUAUGUGGAUCAUUCUCCAAGAAAUGUAACUUUUGAAACCAAAUAUUUUUCAAUUUUGAAACCUUUUGUUUUCUUUUUCUUUUCAUUCUUACAUGAAAGUGUUACCUACUAGAAGUAAACAUAAACAAUGGUCCAGCUACGUUCCAAUUAUUUUAAUCAUAAAUAAAAAAAAUAAAAAACGCCUUGUUCACGGAAAUAAAAAAAAAAGAGAAAAAACAUUCAAUAUUUAAAAAUAGAGGAUAAUUUAAUAUCAAAGUAGUAAUUUUGUUUAUUGUGCAAACAAUCAGCUAUUUUAAUGAUUAGUGGGAAUAUAAUAUUAAGCUCUCUUAAUUGAAGUACGACUCAAUUAUUACUUUCAAAUGUAUGUUAAAAACUAGUAUUUAGUAAUUUGAGGAUGUACUGGCAAUUUAUAAUUUGGGUAGACGCCUAUUAUUGAUGUAUUUCCCCUCCAUCCUUUAUUUUCACCUCAGAAAUAAUGACAUUAAUAAGGUCUGUCACGGAGGUAAAGAAUUUUCCAUUAAUAUAGGCUAAUAGAUACAUUUUUCAGGGGGAAAAAAUUUCUUCGUUGCUACAAUCCUCACAUGUUAAGCAUAUGAAAACAUGUUCACUUCUUUUUUUACAUUAAUUUACAUCCCUGAAAUUCAAGUUCACGGAGGUGAGAAGUCAGAAUAACCACACUAAGUUUUUCCAACAAAAUCUAACUUCUUGUUUUUCAACAAAAAUCUCACAACUUCAACUAUGGCUGAAAAUAAACAAGGGGGCUCCCUUGUAUCAUGGAAAAUAAAAUGU